AUGUGCGAGGAAGUCAAAGUCGUUGAUGUUCUCAGGGUCCUCAGAGAAGCCAAGACAAUCGCUGUCGUUGAUCAAGUGACUGCAGAGUCCCCUAAGGUCUUUGUUGGUCCCUCAAAUCUAGAUGUACCCAACACUUACUCGAGAUUCGAUCUACCCUAUCUGUCAUCAUUGGACACAACUAGAGUUGAAAGAAGAGUAGAUAAACUUCCGUUCUUUGUCGCUCCUUUGAGCUUCAAUCCACCUGUUGGUUACUCUAAAAUACCGUUCCCAGCUCCUCAUAUUGGAUCGGUUAUUGUUAAUACGAUUGAUGGACAUUUGGGGGCUGGACCUUCAGGACCUUCAGCACCAGAAAGCAAAGCUCAUCCUCAAGCUCAUCCUCAGGUUCAUUCUCAAGCUCAUCCUCAGGCUCAUUCUCAAGCUCAUCCUCAACCCUUGAUCGAGCCCAACUCGUUUAUAUCCUCUGGUCAAGGAUCGCAUUAUCAAUCAACCUAUCCGUCCACUUACGAAUCUCCAACGACCCCAAGCUAUUCGACAUAUGGACAAGAACACGUCACUCCGCAGUAUCAGCCAACAGUGCACUUUCCACCAAGUGCCACUGACAGAUUCAGGUUCAAUCAGAAUGGACAGCAUCAACAUCAGCAACAGCAACAGCAGUAUCAGACCACUGUUCAUCAUCUAGCACCAACAGAAGCUCCAAACGCCUCCCUGUCGCCUUAUCAAGAAGAUCUGAAUGCAUCUGGAAGACCACAUCGUCCAGACUACCCUGAGGAAGCGAUCGGAGGUCCAGUCACACCAGAAAUCAGUUACAGAAAACCAUCGGUGGUGUCUUCAUACGGUUAUGAUCCAGAAAUUCUCUCAACAACACCUGUUUAUGAGAAUAGUUAUGUCCAUACUAGGGUUCAGCCCAACAGCAAUCAGGAGCUGACGUCUCAGCUGGCGCAAAUCAAUCAGCAUGAUUAUUCCCAGCAUCGCCACGCUGAUGAUGCUUUUGCACAUCCUGCGCAGCAAGCUGGUGUAGAGCCGCAUCAUGGACAUCAUCAUGCUGGCGAGAGCUUUGAAUCUAAUGGAUCUUAUGAAGGCACAGAAAGAGGUACUCUCAGUCCUACACACUACAGUCUGCCAGCGGAGCUUCCACCAAUUCAUCCUCAACUUCCGGGGCUGGUGAACUCGUUAGUGGAGAAUAAACAGGAGAGGACGACAACUACAACCACUGAAACUCCAACGACUACCGAGGCACCCACGUCUACUUACAGGAUUCGAUCUCGCCAGAGGGGCAGAGUUACUCGUCCACUGACCACAACUACAACCCCAGCAUCAGUGACGAGAGAGUCAAACCGCAGUUCUAACGACAGAACCAGAAGACCUCUGAGUCGAUCUCGAUCAAGAUACACAACAACUACAGAGGAAUACAAAGAUAGUUAUGAGCCAACAAGAGCAAAAACUCCAGAGACAACUACAAAGUACAGUACUAGUGAAUCCCACAGAAGAACUCCUGGUGCAAAAAAUCCAAAGAUCAGAAGUAGAACGAGUGAUCGUCCGUACGAGUCAUCUACUCUGAAUCAAAUCCAGAAUACUCAGCCUCUGGAGACAGUCUCAGAAGAAUCGAAUCCUUCAGUGGAGUCCGGCAAUUCUCAAGGCGUCAGCUACUCCCAAUACAACAGUCCCCUAUCCUCAGAAUCCCCAGAAAGCUCCUACACCCCAGAAAUCGACUACUCGAAAGCUCCAAAUUAUCCGAGACCAGUUGCAACCCACCGAGAGCAGCAGAGACCCCUAGCCGAUGACACAGGAAUACCCCAACAGCAUUACCAGGACAGAUACCAAAGUGGUCUGGGGUAUCAGGCUAGUUUAAUCGAUCAGAAUGAUCAGUACAAUUAUCCAAUCAGUCAUGAGGACUCGAAUUUGAGGGGCUCAUCACCUCCCAAUGAUUAUUACUACUCCGAUAAGAGCGAGAGUGUCGAGGGCGCAGGACAAUUGAAUGGUCCAACUGAGAAUCCAGUUUACACUCAAAUUCUCGAGUACAUGCCUGGCACCUACCCAGGGGGACAACAGGGCCAAUUAAGCACUGAAUAUAAUCAGUCUGGACAGUACUCAGGGGAGAAACUCAGUGGGAGUAUUGAGGAUGGACAAGGCUACAGUCAUGAAGCUUCAUUACCUGUUGAGCAAACUACUGAGCCAAUCACGACAACCACGGAAUCACCUCCAACAAUUCGUCAACGAGUUCGCGGUCGUCUGAGCAGUCGAACCCGACAGGAUUCAACGAUUCAGACUCAUCCCCGAGGCUCCCAGGAUGAUUUUGUGCAAUUCAGUGCUGUAACUAAACCCCCAGGAAGUCGCGGCUCCUCAUCCCGUCAGCGGGAUUCACCUCGACGUGUAAAAUCACGGCCUCAUAAUCAAGCGCAAGUGCAGAGUGAAGGUGAAGGAUUCGUCCGAAUCCAGUCCUCAAACCGUCAGAAUCACCCGAAGACAAUCGUCCAAACAGCGAAGAUCACGACAACAACUCCACCUCCUUCACCAGCACCAGAAGACACUUCCCUAAACCCCGAGGACAUUGAGUACGGAUUCUUCAGAACUCCGAGCUUCAAUCAGCCCCAGCACCAGAUGAGCAGUAAAUUUCGAUCCCCAGAUUCUCAACUUCAGCUUCAAAACGUCGCACCAACCGACGAAACAGCUGAAGAUUCGAGUCCGAGUGUAACACAAGUGCCAAAACAUCGACAAAAAUAUCAAUCACCGAACAGACCUCGACCCGAUAUUAAAUCCACAGCCUCCAGCAUCAUAACGACAACUCCCAGCCUCGAGGGAUUCAUCAAUAAACCCAAAGUGAGAGCUGAAGAACCCAGAAAUCGAAUUAGAACUAGAGUAAGAAGACCUGGCACCAGGAGACGACCAGCAACGACUACAACCACAACUACUGAGUACGUACUAGACGGAAAUAACAAUCUUCCACUUGAUGAGAAUUACCCCAGAGCACCCAUUCGUCAUGUCGACAACGAGAAACAGCUGUAUGACACGAGUUAUGAGACUCUAUCGAGUGCAGGUGAGGGUGCCAUCAGCAGAGUUGAUUACACUGGAGAAAACUACCCGCAAGAUUUUUCAUUGAACUUCGGCCAUUCUGGAAUGGAAGAACAGCAAGACGAGACUUCACUCUCAAAUCCAGCGAGGAAACAUCAACCUCAGGAUCAUCGUCAUGGCUCCUCAUCUGGACGAACUGGAGUUCGAAGACGUCGAGUUCGUAUUCGUGUUCGUCCAGCAUCUUCUACGGAAGACUUCGUGACAUCGGAGUCUCAACACAUAAACUCAGCUGUAAACAACCUAGUACAAGACAGUGAGAAGCCCCAGAGUGUUGCAUCGGUCUCCAGCCCAGGAACGACCCAAGAGACCACCGAAAGUACCACGACACUUUCUCCAUCGACAAGUGUGAACGAAUCGAUUGCCCCCACCGAUACGACAACGAUCAAUUAUACGGAGGUUCCCGAGCACACAAACUCAUCAGAGAUGCCAGACUCCAAACCAAUGAAUAAUGAAGGAACUCUUCAAGUUAACACCGAGAGCGAUUCAACUGAGCCUUCGACAACCCCACAAACUUCCCCAAAAGACAUCAAUAAUGAAUCGACGAUAAAUCCUGAAAUUGCGACAAAUUCCCCGUUGAUGACGACAAUGACAGUCCCAAGGAAGUCCUGGGACUCGACUAAUGGUUAUGCUGAGUGGUUCAAGACAAAGCAGAUGAAUUAUUUCCCGAGAUCCCAAGAGCAGUAUGAAGACAAUUAUCAGUCGAAUGGAGACGAUUCCUAUCCUAAAAAUCACAGGAGUGAAUGGAGUGAAGUUCGAUAUCCAAAUGAUCGAGGGCUUUUCGGUUAUGGGAGAUCAGGUACACUCACACCAACGACUCAACUCCCUGGGAUUGUAACCAAGUCCAUUGGGGAUUCGAGUGUUAGAGCGGUAUCUGAUUAUGUUCAAGCGAUAUUCGAUACCAUGAAGAAUGCUGAUGAGGACAAAGUGAUUGUUGAUAAUGGGCCGGAUCUCUGGAAUAACGAGAGGUCGACGGCAUCCCCUGACCUCCAUAAUUUACCGACGGACUUGUCGAUGAUCAUGGGACUGAGAAGAUCAGGGGAUGAGGGGAAAGAGGCUGAAGGAUCCAGGGAUAAAAGUGAGAGGAAAGAACAGAGCGAACACACCACGACCAAGGAAUCUCAUGUGGAGACACUGGAUGGAGUUUCUUCUGGGAUAAUUGAAGAUACUCCGACGACAAUUCCAACUGCCUCGACGUCUGAAACUCUCACGACAGCUCCAACUUCUCCGAAGGCAGUGGAAACGACUCAGGAACAGUCAACAGAGAAUAAUGAAAAAGCAACUGAAGUUGUUAGUGUACCGACGAAACUGGGAACUAUUCUGAGAACAUCGACGACUACAAAAGUCUCUCAUAUGACGGAGAUAUGCUACCGGGGUCGUUGUGUCAUGACGAAACCACGGAAGGACUUCCACGCAAGAAGAUGAAGAUCUGAAUGACUUUUUCCAGUCUAUUGAGUGAUAAAUUUCGUUGCGAAGUGAUGAACUAGGAUGAGAGAUUUUUUUUCGCAACCGGUUUUUGCAAAUAUCUUGAAAUUGAGAGGAGAUCACGAUAUUUUCAUA